GCCAAGCAACCCCUGCCUCUGUUCUCUUUCUGACCUAUCGGAUACCUGCCGCCGCCAUCCGCUGGCAGAGUGACAGGCAGCACGCCCCAUCCGACCCUGCGCCUGAAUCCCGAGGGUUCAUCAUUGUCGAGCCCCGACGACUUCCACAUUCUUUCUGCUCCGGCGUUACCUCCUUUCCUCUACCCCAACUUACGAACCCGUCCAAGCUGCCCAAAGCAUACAUGACGAUCGAGCCGGCCGCCGACAUCCUUCGUAUCUCAUAGGCCUCCGGGCUGUCCCUCUAAUCCGGCUUCCCGUUAUCGCCAACUCUCGCAGGAGGCCAUGGCUGAACGAACAACUUCCGCCUCGUCGAAGCGGACGAAGCCAGGCAGCGAUGACGCCAUCGGGAACUUCGUCAUAGACAAGGAGAUUGGAAAGGGGAGCUUCGCCCAGGUCUACUCUGGCCGCCACAAGGUCACUGGUGCCCUAGUUGCCAUCAAGUCCGUUGAGCUUGCCCGUCUUAACAAGAAACUAAAAGAGAAUCUCUAUGGCGAGAUCAAGAUCCUCAAGAGGCUUCGCCAUCCUCACAUCGUUGCCCUCCAUGACUGCGUCGAGUCGGGGACGCACAUCAACCUGAUUAUGGAGUACUGCGAACUGGGCGAUUUGUCGUUCUUCAUCAAGAAGCGAGACAGGCUCAUCACAAAUCCUGCCACACACGAGCUCGCACGCAAAUACCCUGUCGCCCCGAACUCUGGCCUGAACGAGGUCGUCACGCGCCACUUCCUGAAGCAGCUCGCUAGUGCCCUCAGUUUCCUGCGUAAGGCCAACCUCAUCCACCGCGAUGUCAAGCCCCAGAAUCUGCUGCUGCUGCCUUCCCCCCAGUAUCGCGAGGCGAACAAGAUGGCGAAACAGAUUCUCAGUGCUAGCCACGAUUCUCUCACCCCAGCAACUGGCCUACCUUCGCUUCCGAUGCUCAAGCUGGCAGAUUUCGGGUUUGCCCGUGUACUCCCAUCCACCUCGCUCGCUGAGACACUCUGCGGCUCGCCGUUGUACAUGGCGCCCGAGAUUCUCCGCUACGAGCGAUACGAUGCCAAAGCAGACCUGUGGUCGGUUGGUACCGUGCUGUACGAGAUGGCAACAGGAAAACCACCUUUCCGGGCAGGAAACCACGUGGAGCUGCUCAGGAAGAUUGAAGCCACCGAGGAUCUUAUCAAGUUCCCACGCGAAUGCAUCGUCAGCACAGAUAUGAAGGCUUUGAUUCGGGCGUUGUUAAAACGGAAUCCCGUGGAACGGAUAGGUUUCGACGACUUUUUCGACCACACCGUCAUCUCGGGACCGAUCCCCGGCCUUGUCGAGGACGAUAUUCCCAAGGAAGAGCGUCCAAUCUCGGGAGAAGUCAGGGUUUCCCCCAAAGUCGACGAACUUGCGACUCUAUCACGAAAACAAUCCCUCAGGCGAUAUACCGCUGAGCAAGAUCCGAGUCGUGAGUCCGGAGCCCCACCAUCACCGAAGCCGCGCCGGUCAUCGCCCCUCGCGACGCCUAUUGAACCCACGCCGAAUCCGGGGGAGCAAGUAUCUAGUCCUCGUUUAAGCUACUUCCCGCAGCAAGAAGCAGAAGAGGGCCUGGGGAUACGACGUCCCGCCACGGUCCAGCCGUCUACUUCGGCGCCGGUUCGCGCCAUUUCGUACGUUGACCGCAGUCGGCGGUACUCGAAUGCCUCUCUAAAGGCCGCCACCCGCGACGCCCAACCUCCGCCGCAGGACCCUCCAAGUCGUGCCAGGACCAAGAGCGCUGCGGGUCGGCCCCUUACGGAGGAAGAGAAGUCUGCCCAAGACGUGGCGUUUGAACGGGACUACAUCUUCAUCGACAAGACGGCCGUUGAGGUCAACGCGCUUGCGGACCAGAUUUCGCUCUACCCUCCCCAAGCACGGUCGCCCAAGUCUGGUCAAAUUGUGAGGCGGGCGACACAGCAGGGAGCUCCAACGUCGACCACUGGUGCCGUGCCCAACCACUCCUCAAGAAACCAGCCCGGGCGGAACGACCACUACCGGAAAGUGUCUUACGACAAGACUCUGUCCAGCAGUCCGGGCGGUGCAACGUCUGUCAUCUCCAAGGCUAUCCAAGAUGCCAGCCUUCGGCUCUUCGGGUUCAGGUACCCGCCACAACUGCUCGGCAAAGGGCAGUCGCCGCCCCAGAUCUACAGUCCAUUCCCAGCGUACCCAACCCCGUCUGUGCCGGCCGGUUUGAUCAUGGAUGGGAAGCUGAGUACUCCGGUGGAUGAGGACUCGCGAGUCUCGCAGUGUAUCGAGGAGUACGCAACACGGAGCGACGUCGUAUAUGGCUUCGCCGAGGUCAAAUACAAGCAGCUCGUUCCCAUGGCUCCAUCGACCGAACAUGGCCUGGGCGGUGUCCCCGCCGACAGGAUGGGGGAGGAAGCCGAAGGGCUAACAGUGGAUGCAGUGGUCUCCUUGUCGGAGGAGGCUUUGGUCCUCUACGUCAAGGCACUCUCGCUGCUUGCCAAGUCGAUGGAUAUUGCCAGCCUGUGGUGGUCGCGCAAGACCAAAGCGGACUCAAGCAACAGCCUCCACUCGGCCACGAGGGAAUCAGUUAACAGCCAGGCGCUGGGGCUAAAGAUCAACGCAGCGGUCCAAUGGAUCCGGUCUCGGUUCAACGAGGUCUUGGAGAAGGCCGAGGUUGUCCGGCUAAAACUAAUUGAAGCACAAAAACAGCUGCCCGAGGAGCAUCCUAGCCAUCCGAGCAACCAUGGGCCCGAGACGAGCGCGGCGAGCGGCUCCGGUGCCGAGGGGGUGUUCCUGUCGCCCGGCCUGAGCGCUGAGAAACUGAUGUACGACCGCGCCGUCGAGAUGAGCCGCACGGCCGCCAUCAACGAGAUCGCCAGCGAAGAUCUGCCAGGCUGCGAGAUUUCGUAUGUGACAGCCAUUCACAUGCUCGAGGCGGUGCUCGACAGCGACGACGACCAUCUGCCUUCUAAACGGCGUGUCUCGAGCUCGUCCAAGGAGGAAAAGCAGCCAGUCGCAGCUCAGGAUGCCUCAGGCGACAUGAGCAGCGACGACAAGCAGACGGUGCAGAAGAUGAUUCAAAUGAUCAACGGCAGACUUGCCAGCCUACGGAAGAGGAUGUAUGCGAUCGCUGCGGCGUCCAAGGCCCAGCAACAGCAGCAGCAGCAGAUGACGGCGCGAAGACGCAGCGGCGAUGUCACGCCGCGGAGCGUACCCAGCUGAGAGGGUACAUACAGUACAGACUUUGACUAUUUCAACGGAGAGCGGCGCAGAUAUCGAAGGAGCUCACUCAUCCUCAUCAGGAGCUCGGGUCCCACAGUUGGCAUUCCCGCUCAGCUCCUCCGGCUGCUUGGACUGAUACCUGGUCUGACCAGGAAAGGGGGCGUUGCUUUUGUGCGAUAACGUCUUGCAGGCGGUAUCUGACGCAUCGGAGCUGGCGCUUGGCUUUAUGGGACGUGUGUUGUGUUGAAGAUUUCGUCUCCUCGGCAGAGGACCUGGCGAACCCAGUUGCCAGCUUGAUUUGAGUUGCUCUGAUGAGCCUCGUGCAGACUCUUUUAUCGGCCUUUCCGGGGACCCUGGCGUUGAGGGGCGGGGAGUACUUUACUCACACGGCGGUCUGUUUGCUAUUAUUAUCAGGAUCGUUAGCAUGUUUUGGAUUUUCCGUUUCAGUGUCU